AUGCUGCUGCUUGUGUGUCUGAGCUUCUUCCUGCGUAUUAGUCUGUCGGCCACCAUCACCACUACUGUUGCCUCAGCGGACGCGCAAAAGCUGGUUUUUAGUGCAAAUGCGGGCGUGCUCCAGGUGUUUUUGAAUGAUUUUGCUUCCCGAUUCGACGAUUAUACCUCAUAUAUGAAUUCUGCCGGGAUACCUUUUCCAGGGUCGCUGGUGCAAUUUUAUAUGAACGUCGAGCAGGCAAGUACUAACCAGGCAGCGGUCACCUCAAUGUUGGUGAGCGACUUCCCAAUGUCUGAAUUCAAAACGUACAUUUCUGUCUUCCCAUGGUACAGCUCUCUUCUCUCUGCUGGAGGUGAUUCGACAAUCUACUUGACGCAGGAUGUGGUUUCCAAAACGGUCGCCGUGUAUGAGGAGUCCAACCGGUUUGAUCUCAUGGUGGUGUCGGCCACAACCUCUGCUUCGGCCACCUCUGCAGCUUCGUCUUCUGCAGCAUCCAGCAAGUCUAGCUCAUCAUCCUCUUUGAGAUCCUCUUCUUCCAGUUCCCUUUUUUCCAGCUCCUCUCUAUCAGCUAGUUCCACAGGCAGCGCCUCCAAGCUGAUUGUGCCCUGUUGCGGACUUUUUCUGCUAGGAAUAUUAAUAUAG